AAAACAUCAACGGAACAACCACAACAAGCACCACCACCAACACUAUUACUACUACCACCACCACCACUACUACUACUACUACUGCUGCUGCUGCAUAAACUAUGUCAGUUCUGAACAAACUGAGUCUCCAUGUCGGCAGAGGAUACUCAGAGGUUGGCUACCAUUUGGCAGAACAAAAUGCAGACGAAUCCCAGCAGCAAAGCCCAACUGAAGGGGCCAAGGAAUCAAUUAAUGAGAGAAAUUGUUCAGAGCCGACCAAGAACCAAGAAGAAACCCUACAGGCAAAGAAGGGCCCCAAUGUGGAAUACCUGAAACCCUCGAAUAUGGUGAACGGACUUAGUGUGAACCCAGAACCACAAGACAAAAACGGCUUGGAACAACACACUGUGAGUGGCACGGUCGUUAACUCAUCAAAGAACCCACAGUCACCCGUGUCGCCCGUGUCACCCGUGUCGCCCGUGUCACCCGUGUCACCCAUGUCACCCGUGGCGCCCGUGUCAUCCCUGGUAAGCCCCAUCGACCAUUCUAAUAGUAAUGGUCUGGAGUCGAAUGCUAAUGUAACCAUUCCUUGCUCAACCAGUGAUAGUCUGGAAGUACCUUCAUUACCUCUGACCACUUGCUCACAGAAUAAAAAUCUGGAAAAUUCUUUGCUGACAUCAAACCAUUGUGCAAACGGUAAUGCCAUAAUCAAGAAGAAAAACUCCCAGGCAUUUGCCAAAUCUGGGAGAAUAUCACCGAUUUCUCAACAGCAGCGCACUGUCUCUCGUAGCAGUUCUCAGAUGCGCAAGACAGCGUGGGACCGUGCCGAGGAACGGUUUGAGGCAGAAGAGAGCCAACCUGCUCCAAAAGUCAUUAAAACUGAACAUUUGACUACCGAGAUUCCGGUGUUCUCCGAUACAGACUGCGGACAGUUUAGUCUGCGGUUCCUUCGGAAGCCGUUCCAGUCGAAAAUUUUCAACAAAACCCUGGAAGAGCUCUACCAGCGUUAUUUCUUCAAACUGAACAAAACCAAUCUCACCCUCUUUAUACUCCUCGUCUCGUUCAUAUGCAUCCUCCUCAUCAUCAUCUAUUACGUGGGAGGCAUGAAGCACUUCGCUCCCGGUACCGUUCUCUCGCUCACCUUUAUCGCCCUCCUCAUCCAGGUGGUCGUUUGCAACAAGAGUUGCUUCACUCGGACGCAGAUGCGCUACAUGUGUUUCGCAAUGAUCUUUAUACUCUGCCUCAUUCUCAUCACGGUCAUCACAACCAGCAACCUCCACAGCAUGACAGAAGGUGUUUGGUGUGUAGUGUUCUGUGUCUAUUUAAUUUACGCUCUGCUACCUCUCGAAAUGCAGCUGGCCAUGCUGAGUGGUGUUCUGCUAUGCCUCAUCGACCUCGUUGCUACUCUGCUGCUAAACUACUACGAAGUUUUCACCACAAAACAGGCUUCCUGUAAUGCGCUGCUAUUUCUAGCUGUGAACAUAGCUGGAGUGUUCACCCGCUAUCCAUGUGAAUCAUCCCAGAGGAAGGCCUUCCUGGAAACCCGGCGAUGGAUACAGAUGAGGCUGCACACACAACGAGAGAACCAACAACAGGAGAGUCUGUUGUUGUCCGUCCUACCACAGCACAUCGCCAUGGAGAUGAAGUCCGACAUAACUGGACAACCAAAACACACAAUGUUCCACAAGAUUUACCUGAAACGAUACGAUAGCGUCAGUAUCCUUUUUGCUGACAUCUGUGGCUUCACGGAACUCUCCUCCGAGUGCACAGCCAAAGACUUGGUGCAGCUCCUCAACGAACUGUUUGCACGAUUCGACCGCUUGGCCAACGAGAACCACUGCCUUCGUAUUAAGAUCCUUGGAGACUGCUACUACUGUGUGAGUGGCUUACCAGAAUCCAGACAAGACCAUGCUCACUGCUGCGUUGAAAUGGGACUAGAUAUGAUUGAUGCCAUUGGCCUUGUCCGUGCUGUCACACAGACUAACGUCGAUAUGCGUGUUGGAAUACACAGUGGCCGAGUACACUGUGGUGUGUUGGGUUUACGCAAGUGGCAGUUUGAUGUGUGGUCUAAUGAUGUGACCUUAGCCAAUGCAAUGGAAGCUGGUGGUCGGCCAGGAUGGGUGCAUGUUACGGAAGAGACCCUGAACUAUUUGGGGAACGACUACGAGGUGAUACCCGGAGAAGGAGACAAGCGGAACAACUAUUUGAAGGAGAACAACGUGAAGACUUUCUUCAUCAAAGCAGACUCUUACAGACAAAAGCCAAAGAAGGUUGAAACGUUGGACAGUAGAACCCCAAAGCAUAAACAGCAAAAGAAAUUGAGCUUCAAAAGUAACGUUGGCAUCCAUCAGAAACUUGGCUACGGCAAUCCGACGUCGGCAAAAGACCCCGAAGACGAAGUGAACGAAUACCUCGACCGAGCCAUCGAUGCCCGUAGUGUUGACCAGCUGCGGGCGGAACAUGUCAAGCCCAUAUCCUUAAAGUUCUACAAGAAAGAAUACGAAGAAAAGUAUUCCAAAGUGAGAGACGUCAUGUUCUCAUCCCAUCUCGUCUGUAUUGUCAUCAUCUUCAUCACAAUUAUCUUCAUUCAUCUCAUUAUCAUACCCAGAUCCAUACUCUUCAUAUUAAUCAGUUCUGUUGGUAUUGUCUUCCUGCUGUUGCUGCUGCUGAUAGUUUUCAUAGAACGUCUCAAGUGUACAUCUCGUUGGCUGACUGUGUUUGGUGCCAAAGUGGCAGAGAACCGUUCCAUCAACCAGGCUACUGUCACCGUAAUGGUGCUUCUCCUCUUUGUGGAGUCGUUCCUUGAUAUGUUCAGUAUGGAAAACACUGAUCUUCUCUCAUGUCUAAAGAACCUCACCAAUGACCAAUUCAACAAUUCCAUCAUGAAGGACCUCAACAUCACAUUGUCCAAUGAAGAGAACCUCUGUACAAACUUCUUAUCCACAUCACAUUUUCCUGAAUAUUUUACCUUCUGUGUGUUCCUGGCCAUGAUCAGCACUGGGGUGUUCCUUCAGAGCGGAUCCCUCUUCAAGUUGUUCCUCACCGUUGUCAUGGCAACCAUCUACAUCACCCUCGUCUUCACCACUCAGGCGAAUCUCUUUGAUAACAAGGACCUCCUCCUCAAGCUCAACGUCGGCCAUGACAUCCACACAGACGUACCAAUAUCGAGCAUAGAUCUGAAAUACGAAACCACGUGCGUCAUCUUCCUUCUGACCAUCAUCCUCUUCAUCCACGCCAGGCAGGUGGAAUCGACAGCACGGCUGGACAGCCUCUGGAAGUGGGAGGCUAUCGAUGAAAUGGAACAGAUGCAGAAUAUGAAGGCCUACAACCUCAAGCUGGUCACCAAUAUCUUACCUUUAAACGUUGCAGAGCAUUUCCUGAAGAGCCAACUGAAAAAGGAUGAGGACCUCUACUACCAAGACUGUGACAAUGCCUGCGUUAUGUUCGCUUCCAUCUCAAACUUCUCAGAGUUCUACAUGGAAUUGGUCGGCAACAAUGAAGGAGCCGAAUGUCUCCGGCUGCUUAAUGAGAUCAUUGCAGACUUUGAUGAGAUUCUCGAAGAACAGCAGUUCUCUUGCAUCCAGAAGAUCAAGACCAUUGGUUACACCUACAUGGCAGCAUCCGGCUUGGACACGGAAGAGAACUUCCCAGACUCCAAACACAUUGUGGCAUUGGUAGAAUAUGCCUUCUACAUCCAACGACAGCUGAAAACCAUCAACCAGCAUUCCUUCAACAACUUCAAAAUGAGAAUUGGAAUGAAUAUGGGUCCAGUGGUCGCCGGUGUGAUAGGGGCCAGAAAACCUCAUUACGACAUCUGGGGUAACACAGUCAAUGUUGCCAGCCGAAUGGACAGCACUGGUAUGCCCGACUCUAUACAGAUCACCCAAGAACUCAACGACGUCCUCGUGCCCCUUGGCUACAAGACGGAGCAGCGCGGCUACAUCAAAGUCAAAGGAAAAGGAGACAUGUUGACAUAUUUCCUGCUUUCGCCAUCCGAUUCUUCGUGAGAACCCAAAAUCUCCCCCAACACAUUUGAAAGACUUCAAAACACACAGAGGGCAAUAUGGGGCGAAUGGCGAAAACUAUGAACAAAGAUUUGCAGUAAAUGAUGUGAACACAUUGAACAAUGUGAACGCAAUGAACUUUUUGUAACAGUGAACAAUGUGUUUACUGUUUGAUGAAUGUGAUAGAAAUACAAGUUUGGACUUCUGAAACUAACAAAUUUUACUUGGUGUUUAUGCAGACACAUCAAUACAAACAUACAUACAUAUAUAUAUAUAACAUAUAUAUAUAUAUAUAUACACACACACAUACUUAAAUGCAUGCACCUAUAUAU